CUCUGGUCAUCUCCUGUACUAUGUCUGCAGUCUCUGGUCAUCUCAUAUACUAUGUCCACAGUCUCUGGUCAUCUCCUGUACUGUGUCCACAGUCUCUGGUCAUCUCCUGUACUGUGUCCGCAGUCUCUGGUCAUCUCCUGUACUGUGUCCGCAGUCUCUGGUCAUCUCCUGUACUGUGUCCGCAGUCUCUGGUCAUCUCCUGUACUGUCCGCAGUUCUCUGGUCAUCUCCUGUACUGUGUCCGCAGUCUCUGGUCAUCUCCUGUACUGUGUCUGCAGUCUCUGGUCAUCUCCUGUACUAUGUCCGCAGUCUCUGGUCAUCUCAUGUACUAUGUCCGCAGUC